AUGACUGUUGAAACUAUAACCCCCCAAACACCUGUGUCUCUUCCGAAGACCGCUGUCAUUUGCAACGAUUUUAAACUAGAUCGAGUGAACGAGCCAGCUAGGAGCAUCUUAGAAAAAUAUAGCAAGAUCCCUUCGCGAGAAAUUUUGGAGCACGUCAGGAAAAUAAGGGAUGAAGCAUUUGCUGAGUUUCCCUAUCCUUGUAUCGGACGGUUCUCUUUUCUCGACCUGAGUAUCUCUCAGUCACCUAAAUAUCCUGAGAUCCUUCAUCGCGUGGUGAAUGGAGAAAAGUUCCUGGACCUGGGAUGCGCGUUUGGACAAGAACUUCGUCAACUUGUGUACGAUGGAGCCCCCUCGGAUAACCUCUACGGAUCGGAUCUUCACAACGGUCUGAUGCAUCUAGGCUACGACUUGUUCCGUGAUGUCUCCACCCUCAAGUCUAGGUUCAUCGCGACCAAUAUCCUCGAAGGGAACAGCGACCUUAUCUCCCAGCUGAGUGGACAGAUGAAUAUCAUCUACUCAUCCCUAUUUUUUCAUCUUUUUGACUGGGACCAGUCAUUGGUGAUAGCCAAACAUGUGUUGCGCUUGCUCUCUCUACAGCCAGGCUCGAUGAUUACAGGCCGUUUCGUAGCUUACAGAGAUUGGAACUUCGCGAAGGAGAAAUUGGGAUCAACCCUGCGGUUCUAUUUUGACCUGUCGAGUUGGACUCAGCUGUGGAAGCAGGUUGAAGUUGACACGGGAAGUAAACUGAACAUAGAGCAUUGGGAGCAGAGCGACAAUAUGCUCACGGACAAUGGGAUAGGUGGGUAUAUGCUCUGCUUUGCAAUCACUCGGCAGUAG